GUAGCCGUGCAGGAACAAAUACUUUGCUCUCGACCGAUAUCUCUGUCCACACUUCUAACAUCUAACACCACAACCGAAGAGUCAGCCAAACAAGGCGCUUCCCCUCGGGUCCGAUUACGAAUCCAUUGUUCAAGAUGACAACGAAGAGCGGUACAUUCGAGGACAACUUUGCUCGGCGGAUGCCUUUGGAACUCAAGCACAUGGUCUUCAAGUGGGCAGUCAGCAACAACGUCGACAACGGUGGCGUCACGGACAUCGAGGUCGAACUUGCGCAUGACAACAAGCAGUCACUCAAGUCACCAGCUCUAGACCUUCUGGCAUCACUGGCGCAGCGGUACCCAGCGGAUGUCUACAAAGAAGCAGCAGAGUAUCUUACUACACGGUGGUUUCGGUGGGUCUUCAUCAGCCACAAGGAGCCGCACAAUUCUCUCCUCGCCGCCUUCUACAAACAAGUUCCAUUCGACAUCCGAAAGCGCAUCAAGCAUAUCUACUUACGAAAACUUCGAGUCACAAGUCUUAUCCACCGAGAAAAAUUUCCCGUAAAUCUCGAUGUAGGUCUCGACAUCUUUGACUAUUUGCUCGAAAUCCGGAUUGGUGGAUGCGCGCUUGAUUUCCUGAUCAGGCAAUUCCGUGAGGAACCAAUUGUCUUCUCAAUAUAUGCCGCAUAUUCGGCCGCUAUUUUGCCACUCAAGAAGCUGAGAAGGAUAUCCAAUAUUGAUAUGCGAGUUGUCUGGGACAACCACUUUAACCAGGACAUCGACUCUGCCACAAAAGUCGAAGAAAAAGAAAAGCUUCAAGAGCUCCUUUUCAAUUUCUUACGCGAAGAGAUUCCCGCAAAGUCCAUCACGAGCUGUGUUCAGAAGUAGGCACCCGUGGCUUGGUAUGGUGGACAGUCGGUAUUUGACUGUGAAAGUAGUGGACAGACACAGCUUGUAGGAGCCUAAUAUCAUAUAUACAUGCCGUGUGGCCGGCUUCUGUAAUUAGGCUUGACGGAACAUACAAACUUUGAUUCCAAAAUAAACCACCCCAACUUGAUUCAUUUUG